UGUGACGUACAUCCGGCCUCAUAGCCGCAUUUCCGUAGCUGGGUAGAAGUGACAUUGAGGAAGACGAACUCGAGAAGCUUCUCGUCUUUUGUCGACUGGGAGGAAAUUUAUUCUGCAGUUUAUUAGAACGGAGCCGCCCUGAGAAGUUUCGUCUGAUUUAAUAGACUGGGGAGGGAAUUUGGGCUUCAAGGCUCUAUCAUUUAUACCAAGCAAAAUGGAAGAUGAAAUCCGCACUAAGAUUGAAAACUUCAGAACCGCUCCUUUCGAUGCUCGAUUCCCCAAUCAGAAUCAGACCAAACACUGCUACACCAAUUACCUUGAUUAUCAUCGCUGCGUGAAGGCUAAGACCGCCAAAGGACAAGAUUCAUUUGUCUGCGACUGGUACAAGCGUGUUUAUAGGGCAAUGUGCCCCCUGAAAUGGGUGGAAAAAUGGGACGAGCAGAGAGAGUGCGGCACGUUCCCAGGCAAAAUCUAAGCUAUAGACCGGCUUCCGCCGCUCGGUACAGGAGUAUCGCCAAUGCUUGAACGUGUAUCAGUCCAAUGAUUACUGUUUGUAUCUGUCACUGAGUGAAGAGCAAGUGGUAGAAUUCCUUUAUAUGUUAAUAAAACCUUCUGACACUUA